ACGCAAGCACGCACUGAAGUACGUCACAAACCAGGAAAUGUCCAUAGAAAUAAGUGACCGAAGAAUCACAACACAGCAACUCGCCGCGGCUGUUUCCCGACGGUUCUAUUUCGUGUUUCUGGGUUUAAUUUGUCUCUGGAAAUGUCACGGAAACCCAAAGACGAAUACUACCGGUUCUUCUCUGUUACCGACCCACGGAACCACGAGAAGGGGUACACGGAGUACAAAGUGACAGCCAGGUUUGUGUCCAAGCGUCACCCGGAUGAUGUGAAGGAGGUGGUGGUGUGGAAGAGGUUCUCCGAGCUGAAGAAGCUCCACGGAGAGCUGUCCUACACUCACAAGAACCUGUUCAGGAGGCAGGAGGAAUUUCCGGUGUUUCCACGUGCACAAGUUUUUGGAAGGUUUGAUGAAGCUGUGAUUGAGGAGAGGAGGAAGGCAGCAGAGAGCAUGCUUCUGUUCACUACCAGUAUACCUGCACUAUACAACAGCCCACAACUAAAGGACUUCUUCAGGGGCGGUGAAGUCAGCAGACCUCUGGAUCCGUCCCCGGCGUCCUCGGCGGGGCCUCUGCCUCCUCCUCUCAUCCCCCUGCCGAAGAGGAGGGCCUCAGACUGUGAACCUGCCGAAGAGGAGGAGGGCAGGGAGGCGCCCACCUUACCUCAAGACCUGGGCACCAACAUCAGCUUGGAGGUCGGGGAGCCGGAGGUGGCGGCUGAGGCCUACAACGAGGUCGGAGGAACUCCAACAGAAGAAGAACAGGAGGAUCUUGACGACGCAGAACUGGAAGACCGAGUGUCAUCUCCUGAGCUGUCUCUAACGAGACUCCAGCAGUCGGAGGAGACGCAGGAGGAAUUCGAUUCAUUGUUUGACUCGGUGGUCGAAGAGCAAGUCCCGUCUCCCAAGGAGGAAGUUCCUCCUCCUCUGUCUGAAAAUGACCUGGCUGUCUUCGAUCCCUGCUAUAAACAAGAAAGAUCAGAUUCCUCGAGUGAUCACUCUGAACUGUUCUCUCUGCCGCCGGCCAGUCUGAUUGGAGGAGACGCCGGUUACUUGAACCAGGCGGCCAAUGAGCUGACGGCCGCCAUGGAGCGGGAGAAGGAGGGAGAGUUCGGUUCUGCCAUUCGUGGCUACAGGACAGCCGUGGACAUACUGAUCACUGGAGUGCAGGGAGACCCAGAUCCGGUCCGCAGGGAGUCUGUGAUGAGGAGGACGGCCCAGUACCUGAAGCACGCCGAGAUGCUGGUGGAUCAGCACGCUUCACCGAGUCACACAGCUGUUCACACACACACACAGGACCCGUAGACACACACUUCACACACACAGAGACGGCCUAAAGGCAAAGUAAGCUCAGAUUCAAGGCGCUCAUGAAGUGUUAACAGGUUUGACAGCUAAAAUAAGAAUCCUAAACCAGUUUCCAUUCCCAGUAACAAACCGUUUCUGGUAGCUAAUGCUCCAGUAAUGACACUCUGGGACCUAACAGACAUCUAAUCUACAAAACAAAGUUUAUGGAUGGAUAUUUCCUAUGUUUGUUCUUUUUAUAUUGUUGAUGUUUGUAAUGUUAACAUCUCUGUACAUCAGUGACUUUGCAUUUUGCACAAUGUUUUGUUAAUAAAUCUGAUUUUAAUUUAAUUCAGAAAAACAUUUCAAUUUGAUUCAAAAAUAUUUUACUCUAUUUAUCCCAAAAGGAAAUUCAAAUGUUGUCGUAACUCAUUUUAUCCUCACGGAGGAUCCGCCUCAUUUGCUUUUGCUGCUCGUCGUAUGUUUAGAAAGCCGGGCAGAAGGAUGUUGGAGUAGGGGAUAUGAGAAGACGCUUUGGUUUUCUCCUGCUCUGCAUCCAUGACGCCUCCUUUUCAACUCCUCCGGGAUUUUGACGUCAAAGUUCAGGUGUUAUUUGAGCUUUGGAGAUGGUGAUCAGCUGCUCCACAUAUUACAAAAAAAACAACAGCUGGUUGUCAUGGUGACGCACCUUAAUGGCAGUGGUGUUGCGACAAAAGAAAGUAAAAAAAAAAGGAAGAGUUAAAAUCAUUCCAACUUCACAGCAUCCAAAACAAACAAACCAAAAAAAUACUUGAGGGAAUAUUUAAGCAAACAUUCAGUGACUCAAUCAAAAAUCUGAACAAAUCAGAAUGAAGGCAACAAAACUUCAAGGAUCUGUCGUCGUUCAGCUGUUAUCUGAGCUUUGAGACGUUAAUCUGCGGCUCCAAGCUGUAAAAAAAAAAAGAUACCUUGUUGUCAUGGUUACGCGUCAUAGCUGUCUGAAAGUAAAGAAAUGUGAUCAAAAAUCCUUUCGUUUCCGUUUUGUGUUCUGGAAAAACAAGUUUCCCGAACACAGGUUUUGAUAAAACGUUGACAGCUUAUGAAAAACUUCAAAUGUUCCACAACAAAAAUAUGAAAACAGCACGAUUUUGUGAAUUAUAAAUAUUAAACAUAAAAUUUUGUGCUUUCCAUGAUUUAAGCCAGGAGUGCCCACACAUUUUUGGGCCAAAAUCAUUGAGUCAAGACUAAAGAAAAUGAAAAGAAACUGAAAUCAAGAAAAUAAAGUGGUUUGAUUUUUUUUUUCUUAGUAGAUAUAAAACUUAAAAAUUAUUUUUCACAUUUGCCAAAUUAUUUAAGAAAAACACCUGGUUUUUAAAUUAUUUUGGGCUCGACUGAACAAAUUUAUUUUCUGCUCUAGUAACAGGAUUUGAGUCAAAAAGGUUUCAAUAUUUAGCCAAAUUGAAUACAUUAAACAGAAGCUGAUUUGAAAAGGGAAUCCCACUGAUAAAAUCUGUUGUUGUUUUUUUUACAAAUAUUCUUAUUUAAAUUUUUACUGAAACAUUUUGCUUUUAAUCAUGGGAUUACAUUUUACAUCUAAGGCGUUUAAUCCUUACAGUGUUCAGUGAAACGUGGCGUAGAUUUGUUGUAGUACCUGUUAAAUUCCUGUGAGAGUCGCUGCUGCUCAUUUUAAGGUUAAAACGCGCUCUGGACUGGAGAGAGAAACAGAUUAGAGAAGAAAACAGCUGCUGGUUUUAAUAAUAAACAUGCAGCUUGCUGCAGAGUUAAUCUACUUCACAUAAUCAUGAUUGUUUGAACUUUCUAUGUUUGUUUAAAGACUUUAAAAUGUCUUAAAUUUGUUUUAAAAAGUCAGUCAGCCUAAUAUCGUCACCUUACUAGAAUAGUGACCUAAGUAAUUUUCUUCUAAAAGAAGUUUGGAGCUAUUUAUUCUUUAUUUUUUAUCAAUUUGAAUUUUGUUAGUUUAUUCUUAGUUUAUAUUUUUUGUAUUACUUGCAGUUUAUUUGUAGGUUAAUAAAGGUUGAUUUUAUUCA